AUGGGUGUGACCGAUGAAGUACUAACUGAGGAGCACAAGAUAGAGAUAAGACGUUACUUCUAUAAUCAUCAGAAUGCAGAUGGAGGAUGGGGAUUGCACAUUGAAGGACAUAGCGUCAUGUUCUGCACCGUCCUCACUUAUGUUUCUCUGAGGCUUCUCGGAGAAUCAUCCGCAGACGGAGAUGGCGCAAUGCGAAAUGCCCGGAGUUGGAUUAUUGAUCGAGGGGGAGCAACAUUUAUUCCUUCAUGGGGAAAGUUUUGGCUUUCGGUUCUUGGGGUUUAUGAAUGGGACGGCAAUAACCCUUUGUUGCCUGAACUAUGGCUUCUUCCUUACAUACUUCCGAUACAUCCAGGUCAUUGGAACUCUGCUAGAGACCAAUGUGCAAAGGAAGAUCUAUAUUUUCCUCACACCAGGGUGCAUGAAAUCCUCUCAAGUAGUUUACAUAAUGUUGUGGAGCCUCUUCUGAAAAAGUGGCCUUUGUCCAAAUUGAGGGAUAGAGCUCUAACUAUGGUCAUGGAUCAUAUUCAUCAUGAAGAUACAAGUACUCAUUAUCUCUGUCUUGGACCUCUGAACAAGGUUCUAAACAUGAUCUGUUGUUGGGUGGAGAAUCCGAAUUCAAAAGCAGUCAAAUGUCAUCUGGCAAGAAUAAAGGAUUACUUAUGGGUAGCAGAAGAUGGCAUGAAAAUGAAGGGCUAUAAUGGAACUCAGUUAUGGGAUACUGCCUUUUCCGUUCAAGCAAUAGUGGCGUCCAAUCUCCCCAAUGAAUACGGGAGAUCCUAG